AAUGGGAGCAAAUGAUUCAAAACCAAUUUACAAACUCUAUGAGCAUUUUAAAUAGAUCAAUGUACACAAUAAUGGUAAGUUCCAUUAUAUCAUAUUCAGACUUUCCUCAUUGCCAGAUCUUAUAACACAAACGUGAUCCUAAUCAAUAAUUAAUCUUACGUACAAUCAGUAUGACAGAUGAAGCAUAUUUUAAAAAGACUGUUAAUCAAUAUUAAAUUAGAUAAAAGAUCAACCAUCCUAAUAUUCUAAAUCUAAGUAAUUACUUUUAUGAAUUUGAACAAUAACUAUGUGGAUAAUUUUACAAAGUGAAUUUAUUAUUUGAAUAUCCAUAAAGUAAUUUAGAAAGAGUACAAAUUAUGAAUGAAAAUCAAUUAAUUGAAUAUCUCAAAUAAGCAAUUUUUGGAUUAGCAUGUAUGUAAAAAAAUGAAAUUCCACAUAAUACAUUAUAACUUAAAUAUUUAUAUUUAAUGGAUGGAAUUGUUAAAGUAAGUGAUCCUUAGUAUUUCCAAUAAAAUACAAAUUAUGUUCAAAUAUUAUAAAAUCCUAAUUGUAUGGAAUCAAUUUAUUUAUCUCCUAAUUUGGUUAAUACAAUUAGGAAAAAUAAUUGGUAACCUAAACACAAUCAAUAUAAAAGUGAUUUAUUUACUUUAGGAAUGCUUUUUUUACAAUUAGGAUUGAAUUAAGUAAAUAAUGAUUGUUAUAAUUACAUCUAAGGUAAAUUUUUGGAAGAAUAAUUGAGUAUUAAACUCUAAAAAUUAAGAAUUCAACAUAGUUAAGUAUUUUGUGAUUUAAUUUAAAUGAUGCUUAUUACUUAAGAAGAUUAAAGACCUGAUAUAAUUUAAAUGGAAUAAAUAAUUAAUUCAAAUUAAUUCACAGGAAAAAUCUAUUAAUAACAACCAAAUAUAAUACCUAAAUAGAUCAUACCAAUCUAACCAAUAGGAUUAAUAGAUACAAUCCAUUAACCAAGUACUAACUCAUUAUAAUUGGAAUAAUUUCCAUAUAAUGUAUAAAUUAAUUAAUCAAAGAGAAUUAAUCAAGUUCAAAAUAUAUCACCUAUAAAAUACACUCAUCAAUUUACUAUUAAAACAACUUAAUCAUAACGAAGUUCUACACCCAUUAGUAAGGUUAUGAUUCCAACUUAAUAAGUCUAAUAAUAAAUUAGAGAUAGUUCAGUACCUAAACAAUAAACUCAAAUUUAGAAUAUUAGUUAAAGAUAAAUAAAUCAUGAAUACUUAAAUAACUAUUCAAAAAUCUCUAUUUAAAAUAAUACAACAAUAACACCAACUACAGAUUAAUCUAUUUUAAGCAAUAAAAGUUUACUUCAAUAAAUAAAUCUUCCUCCUAAAUUGCCAGUUAAUUAAAUAAAUUAAACUAAUUCGAAAUUCCAAUAGAUAAAUUAAUCAUCUGAAUCUAAAAUACUUCCUAUAUAAGUAUUUUCAAUACAAUUAGAUUAAUGUGAUUCUUUGUCAAAGUUUUAUCCAUCAGAAUUGUGUAGUAAACAUUCUUAGUUUGAUGAGAACCUAGAUUCUUAAGGAAAUGAUGAAAAUGAUACUUAGAGAUAAGGAAAUAAUGAAUACUCAUAGAUUUUAUGUGAUACUACUAAUCUCCCAUAAUAAUUUAAAAAUACUUUAACUAAAGAAUUUAGUUUGCCAUAUGAGAUUUCAAAAAACAAAGAUUAAAAGGUUAAUGAAUCAGAAUUUGUUGUCGAACAUUAUGGAAAUGGUUCUCGUUAUGAAGGAAUGAAAAAGAAUGGAAUGAGACAUGGAUAGGGAAGAUUUUAUUAUUAGGAUGGUGGUUUGUAUGAUGGAGAAUGGAAAGAGAAUAAAAUGCAUGGGGAAGGUAAUUGUUUAAUCUUAUUUUUAGGAACAUUAUAUUAUGGAACAGGAUAACCAGCAUAUGAGGGAUAAUGGAGUGAGGAUCAAUUUCAUGGUUUUGGAACUUUGUAUAAUGAACAUCCUUAGUAUUCAGAGGAAUGCUUUGAUUAUAGGGAUUUUGAUAAUGUUGAAGAGUAAGAAUUAUAGAGAUUAUUAUUAUAGUUAUUGGACUAAAUAUAGUGGUAGUUUUAAGAUGGAUAAUAAGGAAGGAUAGGGAAGUUUGCAUUUAACAAAUGGGGAGAGAUUUGUAGGAUGUUUUGAGAGGGAUUUAAUAAAUGGUAAGGGAGUAUUUUAUAGAAUGGAUGGGAAGAUGAUGGAGGGGAGAUGGGUGGAUAAUAAAUUAGUUUAUUGA